AUGAGGGUACUUCAAGGCUUUGUUUCUUCCCUUCUACUCUCGGGCGCGGCCAUUGUGUCCGCAGCUUCUUCAUGGAGCUUUGAGGAUGCUACCGUGACUAUUUCCAGCAAAGGUGCUGGUGUUGGUGGAGGUUCAAAGGACAAGCUGAGUCCCUCAACACCUUUGGGCAAAUCUGUCUCAUUGGGCGCAACGGAUACAUUGAAGCUUGUCCUUACAACCCUCGACGGAAGCACUGCGAAGCGACCCCAUCAGGCAUUCCUUACUUUGACCGAACAAACGACCGGCCUGGAAGAGUCUUUCGUGUUCAAUGUGAAGGAUAGUGGCAAGGGAAAGGUCGAUUUGUCUCACAAAGACCUGCCCCACCAGUUCUUGACCUCCGAGAAGCCAAUCGUCGCCUCUAUCGUUAUCGGGUCAUUCGGAUCUUCCGCACCAUACAAGAGCAAAGCUUUCGACCUCGCCGUCACCCGCGACUCUAGCGUCCCCCUUAGCGUCCCCUCGCCGCCCGUCCGCUACGCCGCCGAGUCUGAAAUUCACCACAUCUUCCGCGAUGACCCCAAGUCCCCGCCCAAGAUCAUAACCAUUGUAUUUGCUGCUGCUGUUGCUGCUGCACUACCUAUCCUACUGGUUGUGUGGGCCACGCUGGGCGCGAACGCUAGCCAUUUGAGCAAGGCUCUUGGCAAUGCACCCGUCUCGCAUGGCCUUUUCUAUGGCUCCAUACUGGCAAUGGAGGGCAUUUUCUUCCUGUACUACACCAGCUGGAACCUCUUCCAGACCCUGCCAGCGGCAGCUGUCGUGGGAGCUGUUGCCUUUCUGAGCGGUAGCCGGGCCUUGUCUGAGGUCCAGGAGCGGAGGCUGGCUGGACAAAGAUGA